AUGGAGGGCGUCCCCACCCACCUCGCAGCCUGCGGCAUCCUUAUUACCCACGUGCUAUCAUGCACCCAAUUUUUCGCGUUUAACCCAACCCCAGAAUCGUCGGUGGUUGGUGGCGUAGCCAGUGACCUCUUCGAAACUUGUUUGAGGAUGCUUCCCGGGGAUUGGGAAAAGGCCCGGAAGGUAUCUAAUCCUUUCUGGCAAUUGAGUCGCGUGCUGUUCUCGGGGGCGUCGGAGGAGCUCGCGGGGGCCGAAACUGUGCACGAUACGUCCGCGAUUCGUCGAUUGUUGAGGGCGCAGGUUGGGGGCAGGAUGCGUGAGUUGCAAAUGAGGUGUCGAGAGGUUUGUCUACGCAGUCAUCGGAAAGCGUCCAUGGGAAUUCCAAAAGAAAAGAGCUCUGUCAGAGUCGAAAAGGAAGGAGAGAAAAUCCACUUUGGUCUGAGCGCCUCUCUGCGGGCCCUCUAUGCGGGCCCCCGGCCUGGUUAA